CAAAGUUUGGCUGAUGAGUAUGAAGUUAAGGGGGAUCAACAGUCUAUACACCAAGACCAAGAAGACAUUGCAGUGUGUCCGCAACAUAGCAACAAAGAUGUCGUUCUUGAAGUGAUUCCAUCGACUUCCACCGAAGUAGAUGUAAGACGAAAACAAAAUCACCAUAAUUAAUUAUUCACUAAUAAAGAAGAAUUUUCCUCUAGGACGACUUAUUUUGCUUACGUUUCACGUUAGAGGGAGAUAACGUGAUCUUGGUGUUCCUGUGCCACUACUGUGUUUCGUUGAUGGUGUACCUUUUCUGCGCUGUCUUGGAUUUACGUUUCAGCGUCUUGUUUUCAUUCUCUUGAGCUAUUUUCAGUUGCGGGCUUGUGACUUCCAGAACGAUGGCUGAUAUAAGGAAUCGUCUAGUAAAAUGGUGUUUUUGUUGCCUUUGUUGUUUUUAGUCAGAAGGACGUGUAUCAGCAGGUGACCGAGGCUUUCUGGGUAAACAUCAAACUGUGGGCGUGGAUUUUCAUCCUAGACUUGAAAACAGUACCCUGGACCCAAAGUAAAUUUUAUCUAGCUCUAAAUUGAUCACUUUGAGUUACUUUCAAUAGAUAAUACUUGUAUAUUCCUUGGCUCUUGUCUGGCUUAAACAAAUUAUGUUAUUUUUAUCUUUUUAUUCGUUAGUUACUUAUUUACGAACAAGGAAAGUAAUUACUUGAAAGCUGUGCUGUUUCAAGCUAAACCAAAGAUUUGAUAGUUUUUUUUAUCAAUUUAAUUAGGAUGAGGAAUUCAAAGUAACUGACAAAGAACUUCUAACCAGGCCAUCGGCAUCACUAGGAAAAAAUCAAGCUUCUGCAAUGCCACUUUCAAUUGAAAAGCUAGAGGAGUCAGACGAGGAUCCUUGUGACAUAGAGGAGAACUUUUCUACCAAACAACUGUUUUCAUUUGCCUGGCAAAUCGCUAAAGGAAUGGUAAUUAUCUUUGUUUUCUGGAUAAUGUUGCUGGGAUUCUGGUUCUGAGUAUAACUUGGAAAGAAGAAUUCAAAAGUCAAAAUUUUAUAAACAUGAAAUAGAUGGGAUAAAUAUAUUGGCUGUUUUUUUAGAUAUGAGUACAUUAAAAUGGCUUAUGUGGAAAAAAAUAUUCUUUUCAGUCGACCCAGUUUUGGCUACAUUCGUUUCGUUAUGUAUCUAAACGAAAAUAUCUGGAUCAGAUCAGUGCCGAUAUUUACUUUUCAUUUGUAUUUUUUCAUCUAUACCUAACUACUUAAUGUUCGGCGUACCCCCGUUAUUAUGUUUUGAGAUCAUUUUAAUCGUUUUUUCGUUUCUUAUUUGUUAUUAGAAUCAUCUCGCCGAAAACAAUCUUGUUCACAGAGACCUUGCUGCCCGUAAUGUUCUUGUUGGCCAUGACAACCGGAUUAAAGUGUCAGACUUUGGGUUGAUGAGACAAAUCUAUGAAGAUGUGAGCAGCUCAGCGAAGUCCAAAAAACUUCCUGUAAAGUGGAUGGCCCCAGAAUCACUUUAUCAAGGCCUUUACACGACCAAAAGUGAUGUGUGAGUGAUAAGUUUUCCCGCUCCCUUGACAAGGGAACUAUUGAAACGUUUCUACUGAGUCACUUCUGAAAAUUGUAGUUGCCGUAAAAAUUACAGAAGUAUAUAACUCUGAAGCGCCUAAAUUCUCCUUAUUUGUUUGUAACCAUGCUAGGGUUGGUUUUUAGCCGUCCAAUCAGAAGCACGGAAAAUUGUUUGCCCAAAAUUAAUAUAGAAUCAUAGCAUUGAAGGCAUCCUUGUCUAAAUAUAGCUAAACACGGAUUCUUCCAGGCUUUAACAAUUCUCCGAUUAAUAAUAAUAAUAAUAAUAAUAAUAAUAAUAAUUAUAAUAACAAUAACAAUAAUAAUAAUAAUAAUAAAUGCGCUUCACAAUACAAUCACAGAGUGGGAAACUGGGCACCGUUGCAUAAAACGCCCGUAACAACUACGGGUAUACGUACGCACAGUCGUAACUUAAGUGAGUUGCGUUAAAUCACUUAAAGUGGUCCACUUAGGGAAUUCACUUAAGUGUCGUUUAUGCAACAGAAAUUGCGGGUGUUGCAUAAAACUUUUCUUACGGGAAAAAUAGCAUGUAAAUUUACAGGACCUAUGUAGGUCCCGUAUCGUUACUGGUUUUACUAAAGUGAACGAGAUCUUUCAUUGAGAAGUGAAAAAAAGUAUUUUUGUUCACGUAAUUCGCUCUAAUGCUCUUUGUUAACCUCUGAUGUACACUUUAAAGCCGACGCUGUGAAAAAAGAAGAGGAACUAUCAUUUUCAGUAGAUAUUGAAGAAAAAUAACGUUUGCAUGCAAAUCAUUCAUUUUUUGAGAGGCUUAAAAGUGUUCGAAACAACUGAAAACUUUCUUUACACUCACCGAUGGCUAGCUUAAAAAAAAAGAGUGAGUCAUUAAUAAAGUACUAUAUCAAAGUUACGUGUGCCUUUAAGUGAGUCCGUAAGUUGCCACGUAAAACAGUAAUUUACGAGAGUGCUAAGUGCGUUCCAUGCAACACACGUAAGUGUACCCAUAACAGAUUCGUAAGUGACCUACUUAAGUGGGCACUUAAGUGUAGGUUUUAUGCAAUCGGGCCCUGGAUACAAUAACUAAUACUACUAUAGAAAAAAUAUAAAAAAAUACAAAUAAAAUAAAACCGCAUGCUUCUACUAAUACUUAUACUAAUACUACCUAAUAAUACUACUAUAUGAUAAAAAUGCUUAAGGAAAAAGGUGCGUCUUUAGCUUUGAUUUUAAAAUGUCCGACGACUUAGAGUCUCUGAAUUCAAAUGGCAAUGCAUUCCAGAGUUAAGCAAGAGGGUCAGGGGAACCCAACGACAAUUUUCAGAAAAAUAUCUGCUCGGAAGACGAUUUGAGAUCUAGAAUUUUCGGAACAUUUGUUGUAAAAUUUCUUGCUUGCCUGCCUCUCCUAGGGUUUUCGAACAUCUAAAAUAUGGUAUAAUUGCAUAUUUUUAACAGAAUUUUACCCUAAAAAGGUCACCUAGAAUUUUCGGGAGCCUUUUUUCUGGCUGAAAUUUUCGAAAAGGUAAGUUUUGAUCCCUAUAAUUUUUGGAUCACUAGACUUUCAGCUAGGAAAUCCGAACAGAUGAAAAAUUUUUAGGGGAUAAAAUUAUGCCUUUAUCUACCGUUUAAAUACUAAAAUACGUUUAGCAAUGCUAUUUUUAAGUGGUUUUGAACUAUAUUCUCGUUGGGUGCCCCUGGAGGGUGUCACUAGAACGUCUCAGGUUAUAGCAUGACUGAGGCUUCAGAGAUAUCAGUGACUCCCAGUACGUGAGAGCUGUGCCAUGCAAGAUCUUAAAAGUUAACAGAAGAAUCUUGAUUACAAUUCUAGAGUGAAUCGGUAACCAAUGCAACUUAAUAAGGAGCGAUGUUAUGCGACAAUCUACCCUCAGUAAAUAUCAGCCUAGCACAGGCAUUCUGCACACGUUGUUAUUUGAUCAAUGAGCAGCUUGGCAGACCAUACAAUAAAAACUGUUACAUUAGUCACGACGAAUUGAUAUGAAAGCGUGAAUAAGUGACUUUGCUGACUUCUUGAAGAGAUACUUCCGAAUCCGACGUAAGUUAUUCAAAUAGUAGAAUGAUGAACUGCAACUUUUCGAAAUAUGUUCGUCAUAGAGAGAGAUGCAUCUAACCACGAGCCAAGGCUCCUAGCGACAGGCACAGGGUGAAUGUUAGUGUUACCUACUCGAAUAUGAGUGAUAACUACCUUCUCAAGCUUUUGCGGGGUACCUAUUAGAAGAAGUUCAGUUUUUUCGUCAUUUAAUUUAAGAUUGUCAUGCAACAUCCAAGAACGAAUAUUAGUAAUGCAACUUUCCAGUAACUCUCCAGCAUUAAGUUGAUCGAGCCUGUCGUUUGGGCAGAAUGAGAUGUAUACCUGCGUGUCGUCAGCUUAAAAAUAAACCGUAGGAAAAUGAUGUUUGAUGAUCUCGAAGAGUUUGCUCGAAUGCAGAGUAAAUUAUAAGGUGCCUAAACAGGAACCUUGAGGGACAGCACAUUGCAACUCGAAUUCUGCGGAGAGUGCCCCAUUGAAGGCUAUUUGCUGAGACCUUCCGGACAGGUAAGACGAAAACCAGGAGGGGACUUUGCCAUUUAUACCAAAUGUGAACCGAAGUCGAUGCAGUAAAGUGUCGUGAUCGACAGUGUCAAAAGCCACACUUAAGUCGAGGAGAAGAAGCAGAGUGACACGUUGAUCGUUCAUGUUAAGGAGGAUGUCGUUAGUGACUUUGACAAGUACUGUUUCUAUGCUGUGUUUGUGACGAUAAGCUGAUUGCAGAACAGGGAAGAGAUCAUUGCUGAAUAAAUAAUGUCGAAGUUGCUUGGCGACCGCAGUCUCCACAAUUUUUGAGGCAUAUGCGAGGUUACUCACAGGUCUAUAGUUCUUAAAGAAGGGAUCGAGACCCUCCUUCUUUUGCAGUGGUUUAACAAAGCGCCCUUUCAGAUAAGAGGAAAAUAGCCUGAUUCCAGCGAAAGUUUAAUUUCGUAAUUGGAGGAGGAAAUACAUCAAGACACUCAGUAAAAAGCCUAGUAGGAUUUGAGUUAAGAGAACAAGUCGUCUUUGUCGAUGAUUUGAUUAAUUCAUGAACUUCGGUUUCAGAAAGAAGACGAAAUUCAGAAAAAGAGGGGCCUUCAAGUGCAAAGUGGGAUUCGUUAACAUCGGAAGUGCUACACUGGCGAGCAAUCUCAAGCCUAAUGGAGUUAAUUUUGUCACGGAAGAACUUGUCAAAAUCUUUAGCCAUUAAUUGAUUAAUAUCGGAAUGUAGAGGGAGACUGGCACACUUCGAUAGGUUAAGCAGUGAUUUACAUGCAGUGAACAGUUUCCUCUCGUUGAGACAGUUUUCACCUAAAUUUUUCAAUUACAUCCAAAACUCAAAAGUACACGCAUUUUGGGCUCGUCCACGACAAAUAGAACGAAUUAAGAGAUAAACAGGGAAAUAAACAAUCUAAAUAUCGCGAAUCUGUACAUAUUUCUAACCUCUUCGUUUUUUUUUCAUAGUUGGUCUUUUGGUGUUGUUCUUUGGGAAAUGGCUACCUUGGGUGAGUAGACGGUAAUUUUGCAGUUAAUUCUUGUCAUGUUAAUUUUGAGGUGACUGACAAAUAAAAAAACAUUUUUCAUGGUCUAUGACUCUUAUCAACCGUAGAAAUGAUGUCAAAAGGUUGAAAACUCAUGUACCACCCGCAGGAUAAUGGUUCACACUGCAAAGUUUUGAGCUUCCAAGGGAAUUAAGCUAGGGGACCGUGCCUGAACCCACCUUCCCCCUUUUGCCAUGGUGCGAUGUAACUUAACUGUACGACUGUUAUCAAGGUUACUGCUACCAGGAAGGGCGAAAACAAUGUUUCAUAAUGUUUCAUUUGCGGCAAGUUUGAAUUUUCUUGUUUGAUCUGGGCUCUGUUUUAAUUGAUUAAGUGCUGUGAGACGUCUCCUAGUUGAUAACCGUAUGUGACAACAGGUAUUAAAUUUGCGAGGAUUUCAGUAAUGACUGGAGACGAGAAGCCUUAUUGUUAAUCACCCUGCCUUCUUUUAUUACACAUUUAACUGCACUGGCUAUAUAUCAGACCUCCAUUCAAUCAACCAUUUUUGCAAAAUGGCCUUAUUGAGUUUAUAUAAGGAGAAGUGACAAUCGACUAAGGCAUCUUUAAUAGAAAUCUGUCUAAUGGAAAAUUGCAUGUAUUCAGUUGCCGAUAUGUAAUCACUUGUUUUUUUUCUCGCAAUCGUCAGGAGGCGUACCAUACCCCACGCUGACCAACUCAGAGUUGUAUCGAUUGCUCGGUACUGGUUAUCGCAUGGAAAGGCCUGACAUGUGCUCCGAUGACGUGUACGUUUCUUGAUUAGAGUGUGGUCUUAGAUUUAACAGAUUCGAUUUUCUAUGCGUCUGCUCAGUUACAUUACACACCGAACUGUGCAACAUACGAAUUCAUCAAAUAUUUUAAAGCCUUCUUUGAUCAUAUUAAAUACUGAUUAGACGGACGGCAACAGAAAACUUUUGUUAAGAUCCUCACUCUUUGAGGAAACCCUCCAAGCUUUAUGGUCAAUAAAGGCAUCAUUAGCAGUGAUCAGGUUAAUCUCUUUCUUGGGGCCGGGGGGAGUACUCCCUGUACUGGGGAGGCACCCCCCAAAAGGGGUACCCCUCUCAAUCGUCUGGUGUAGGAAUUUUGCUAGUCGAAGUAUAUGAUCUGUAAAAUGACUUAAGAGGACCAGAUAAGAUUUUUUGGCUGUGAAAAAGUCGAGCAAAUUUUCUAGUUUGUUAUUUAUUCAUAUUAAAAAGGAAGUGCAUUUUUCAGUAAUGAAAAGGGAUAAAGUUAAAGUUCUUUUCUGUCAAAAAUGAUACUCAAAAGGAUAAGGGGUUGGACCUCAGGGCAGAGCUCUAAAUAAUAAUGGCUGGAUGAAGGAAUGGGGAAUCACGUGAUAACCUUAACGUUCCAAGAGCCCAUUUUAAUGGGCUUUACGUGGAAGCUUCACCCAAAAGGAGUACCUUUUUAGGCCACAUGAAUAUGGAAAAGUAGGAAUUUCACGAGUAUNACUGCAAAGUUUUGAGCUUCCAAGGGAAUUAAGCUAGGGGACCGUGCCUGAACCCACCUUCCCCCUUUUGCCAUGGUGCGAUGUAACUUAACUGUACGACUGUUAUCAAGGUUACUGCUACCAGGAAGGGCGAAAACAAUGUUUCAUAAUGUUUCAUUUGCGGCAAGUUUGAAUUUUCUUGUUUGAUCUGGGCUCUGUUUUAAUUGAUUAAGUGCUGUGAGACGUCUCCUAGUUGAUAACCGUAUGUGACAACAGGUAUUAAAUUUGCGAGGAUUUCAGUAAUGACUGGAGACGAGAAGCCUUAUUGUUAAUCACCCUGCCUUCUUUUAUUACACAUUUAACUGCACUGGCUAUAUAUCAGACCUCCAUUCAAUCAACCAUUUUUGCAAAAUGGCCUUAUUGAGUUUAUAUAAGGAGAAGUGACAAUCGACUAAGGCAUCUUUAAUAGAAAUCUGUCUAAUGGAAAAUUGCAUGUAUUCAGUUGCCGAUAUGUAAUCACUUGUUUUUUUUCUCGCAAUCGUCAGGAGGCGUACCAUACCCCACGCUGACCAACUCAGAGUUGUAUCGAUUGCUCGGUACUGGUUAUCGCAUGGAAAGGCCUGACAUGUGCUCCGAUGACGUGUACGUUUCUUGAUUAGAGUGUGGUCUUAGAUUUAACAGAUUCGAUUUUCUAUGCGUCUGCUCAGUUACAUUACACACCGAACUGUGCAACAUACGAAUUCAUCAAAUAUUUUAAAGCCUUCUUUGAUCAUAUUAAAUACUGAUUAGACGGACGGCAACAGAAAACUUUUGUUAAGAUCCUCACUCUUUGAGGAAACCCUCCAAGCUUUAUGGUCAAUAAAGGCAUCAUUAGCAGUGAUCAGGUUAAUCUCUUUCUUGGGGCCGGGGGGAGUACUCCCUGUACUGGGGAGGCACCCCCCAAAAGGGGUACCCCUCUCAAUCGUCUGGUGUAGGAAUUUUGCUAGUCGAAGUAUAUGAUCUGUAAAAUGACUUAAGAGGACCAGAUAAGAUUUUUUGGCUGUGAAAAAGUCGAGCAAAUUUUCUAGUUUGUUAUUUAUUCAUAUUAAAAAGGAAGUGCAUUUUUCAGUAAUGAAAAGGGAUAAAGUUAAAGUUCUUUUCUGUCAAAAAUGAUACUCAAAAGGAUAAGGGGUUGGACCUCAGGGCAGAGCUCUAAAUAAUAAUGGCUGGAUGAAGGAAUGGGGAAUCACGUGAUAACCUUAACGUUCCAAGAGCCCAUUUUAAUGGGCUUUACGUGGAAGCUUCACCCAAAAGGAGUACCUUUUUAGGCCACAUGAAUAUGGAAAAGUAGGAAUUUCACGAGUAUAUAAAAUGUGUGAAAUGGUACGUCAUUUUGUACCUUCGGUAAUUUACAUUAAAGAUAUUUUAAACAGAUGUACCUUUAUUGUAGGCUUUAUGUUAAGAGCUUAAUGGCUUAAAAGUGAAGUAGUCGUACCAUUUUUCAAGGUAGGCAGGAAAGGAAUGUAUAUGACAGGGGUACCUUUUCUGUCAAAAAUGCUGUAUAAAAGGGGUUGGACCUCAGGGUGGAGCCUCCCUGUAAACUCAUGAAGCUAAGAAGCCCAUAUAUUCUACUAAAAAAUUUUCUCUUUUUCCAAUAGACCUCCUUCGCUUGAAUGUUUUGUUUUCCCAAUAGGGUUCAUGUCUAACGGUCAAAUUCCCCUGGGACCUCUUUUAGGAAACCAAAACAUACAAGCUAUAAAGAGGUCUAUUGACACUGUCUAAUAAUUGACUAGAGCUCUUCUAAGCCUUGAAUAGUUCUUGUUUUCUAUUCAUAACAGAUAUGAGCUGAUUACUGAAUGUUGGAACGAAGACCCUUCCAUUCGUCCCAGUUUCUACCGUUUGAUCGAAAAAAUGGAGGUGAUAAUGGAAAGGGAUGCACCAUAUUUGGAUGUAAACAAACACAAUGAAUAUCAUCCGUAUUACAACGUGCCACCUGAAGCUAGUGCUGAUUAA